GCGGGCACGACCAUCAUGCCCGCGCUCAAACGACCUCUGGACGACAAUGCUAUUGCCCGUAAAUCGAAGAAGAGUAGGACCGAGCGCGAAAGUGGGAGCGAUGCUGUCCCCCAAACAAAACCUGCGCCAUCGCAGCUGGUCGCUGAGGAAGUCGACUUUCCGCGCGGAGGAGGAACUAGCUUCACACCUCUGGAAGUGAAAGCUAUCCGUGCAGAAGCGGUCAAGGAGGCGAACGCGGAACUAUUCAAGGAAUCUGAGCCCAGCACCUCGAAAAAACGGAAGCGAAAAUCCGAGGCAGAGCCAGCCGCAUCGACCUCGAAGGAGAAGAGCGACAAGAUACGGAUCGAGCAUUUGAACUACAAGCGAUUGAACGCUGGUCAAAAGAUCCUCGGUCAAAUCGUAUCUAUCGAGCCGCUUGCACUGAUCAUAUCUCUCCCAAAUCAACUCUUUGGCCAUGUUCCAAUAACCAAUGUGUCUUCCCAAUUGACGGCCUUGCUGCAAACUCGUAUGGAUCAGGAUGAAGAGGACGAAGAGCAAGACGCGGAUUCUGACACACCUGAGCUUUCGGAUUUGUUUCGCACAGGUCAAUAUGUGCGUGCAGUGGUGACUGCGGUGCAUGCCUCUGGCUCAACCGAUACCACUGGCGUCGGGAGGUCGCGAGAUGAUAUGACCCGUGCCAGUCGACGCGUUGAACUCAGUUUGGUGCCCGAGGCUGUCAAUAUGGGGAUCCAAAAGUCAGAUAUCAAGCCUGGUUUUACCAUUUCUGCCGCCGUCCAAAGCGUAGAAGAUCACGGGUACAUAUUGGAUCUUGGUGUUCCUAAAAUGUCUGGCUUUCUUUCUUUCAAAGAUGCCAAAGACGGGCCGUUCAAUUCUGAAGCUCGACUGGCGGUCGGGCGCCUUCUGGAUGUUACGGUCGCGUCCGUUUCAAAAAAUGGACGCACUUGUCAAGUUUCUGCCGAUACUGCCUCGUUUGUGAAGUCAUGUCUGACUGAAGCGACGAACGCGACAUCGCUCGUUCCGGGGGCUCUUGUCCAAUCUCUGAUCACAAACGUGCAUACAACUGGCUUGAAUCUACAGAUUCUCGGUUUCUUCGACGGCACCAUCGAUGAAUCCAAUCUAUCGGACAAGACAUACAAAAUCGGGAAGAAAGUGAAAGCUCGUAUCCUAUACGACUUUUCGUCGUCUCCCCCGAAAUUCGCGUUGUCGCUAGCAGAUCACGUAGUCGCUUUGGGUGUUAAAAAGGCGGAUGGAGAGAAGACGAUCCAGGAAGCUUACCCGAUCGGCACCAUAAUCGAAGAAGUCAAGGUCGCUGCUCUCGAAUCCGAGCGAGGCAUCGUGGUAUCCACACCAGACGUCCGAGGAUUUGUGCACAUCUCGCAUGUCUCUGACGAUCAUGUGCCCUCAAUAUCAUCCUCUGGGUCGUGGAAAGUGGGCUCGAUCCACAGGGCACGAGUGACUGGGUACUUCCCUUUCGACGGUCUGUUGCAGCUGUCCCUAAAACCAUCGAUAUUGGAGCAGCGGUUCCUGCGCGUUUCUGAUGUGCAAGUCGGCGAGGUGAUCAAAGGAACUAUCAAGCGCUUGACGGACUCGGGUCUGUUUGUGCUGCUGUCGGGCAAUGUCGACGGCGUGGUGUGGCCCAAUCACUUUGCCGAUAUUGCGCUCAAGCACCCUGCCAAACGGUUCAAGCCAGGAGCAUCGAUCAAAUGCCGGGUUCUCGUGGUCGAUCCAGAACGUAAACGCAUCGCUUUGACAGCUAAGAAAACUCUGGUCGAGUCGACGCUGCCAUUGAUCACUUCGUUGUCGGAUGCCAAAAUCGGCACGGUGACACAUGCAGUCGUGUUCAAGAUCUUUGAAAAACACCUGCUCGUUGAGUUUUUCAAUAAUUUGAAAGCCAUGGUACCGCUUUCGGAAGUGAGCGAAACACCUAUCGCAAAAUUGGCUGAAUCUUUCCCGUUGGGCCGUGUGGUCAAAGUACGCAUCACACACGUCGAUGACUCGAGCAGAAUUACCGCCAGCAUCCGGCAGGCGUCGUCCAACUUUGAUGUGGUGGACGACAUCAGUGCGGUCGAAAUCGGGAACAUCGUCCAGGGCGUCGUGUCCGAGAUCCACGCGGAGAACGCAGUGCUCUCUCUCCAGCCGAGUAAAGUCCGCGCGCUCAUCUCGCUUAACAAUGUGGCGAACUACCGCAAGCUGAGCGUUGCGCAAUUGCGCGCGACACUCAAACCCGGAGACCGGCUCGAAGACCUGGUGGUGGUCACUAGGAACCCCGAAAAGUCGUUUGUGAUCGUUGCUUCGAAGCCCAAGUCCAAAGACAAGGUUGCAAGCAGCUCGAAAGGGCCGGUCUCCCUCGACACAGUGGCCAUUGGGGACAUCGUUGGUGGCCGCGUGACAAGGCAUGUGCGCAACGGCGCGCUAGUGAAACUUGGCGCCCAUCUCGGCGGGAUUCUGCAUCCUACAGACGUCGCCGACGACUACACCUCUGCUGCUCUGCCUGCUGUCGAUGCUGUACUCAAAGCUGCUGUCAUCGCGAUCGACCACGACAAGAAGCAGCUGACGCUGUCUAUGCGGGCCUCGAGGAUGCACCCUGAAACCUCGAAGCCUAUCGUCGACAACGAGAUCAGGGAGCUCUCUGAUCUGCACGUGGGCCAGACAAUCCGCGGGUUCGUGAAGAGCAUCACAGACGCAGGCGUGUUUGUCACACUGGGACCCGAGAUCGAUGCUCGUGUCCAGAUCAAGGAGAUGUUUGACGAUUUCGUGAAGGAGUGGAAACCGAGAUUCUCAGUCAACCAGCUGGUCCAGGGCCGGAUUCUGAGCACCGACUUGGAGACGCGCAAAGUCGAGCUCACGCUGCGAUCAGAAAACGCGCCUCGCUCUUCCAACUCGUCGCUCUCGAUUUCUGAGCUGAAAGUUGGCGACAAGGUGGACGGAACGGUGUCAAGGAUAGAAGACUACGGGCUCUUUAUCCAGAUCGAUGGCUCCAAACUGAAGGGCUUGUGCCACAAGUCGCAGCUUUCUGACACUGCAUCGGCCGAUGUCGCCGCUGCCCUGCAAGGCUUCCGACAGGGCGACAAACUCAAGGCAGUCAUCAUCGGGAUUGAGAAAUCCAAGAUCUCUUUCAGCAUCAAGCCCUCCCUGUUCGAUGAUGCGGACUUCCAGCUCGAAGACGAAGACGUCGAUGACGAAGACGAGGACGAGGACGCUAAUGACGACGAGGCACAAGAAGCUCCGAACGAUUCGGCUGAAGAGGCAGUAGAGGAGAACGGCGAUGAUUCUGAGGACGAAGACAUCGAUGCGAUGGAUGUCGACGUCUCUCCGCACUACCAGGUUCCUGCAACGAGUAAGCCACAGACCGCCCCGACUCUGCAACUGGCCGGGGGAUUCCAAUGGUCCAGUGGUGGACUGCCAGAAGAAGCCUCUGACGCAUCUGAAUCGGAAAGCGAGGCCUCAGACGCGGAAGAGCAGGGCGGCAAACGCAAGAAGCGGCGCAAGCGAAAGGAAAUCGAACUCGACAUGACCGGUGACAUGCACACCAAAACGCCCGAAUCGACGGCUGACUUCGAGCGCCUGCUGCUCGGGUCGCCCAAUUCCUCCUACCUGUGGAUCCAGUACAUGUCGUUCCAGCUCCAGCUGUCCGAAGUCGAUAAGGCGCGGGACAUCGCCCGUCGCGCGCUGAAUGCGAUCAAUUUCCGAGAAGAGCAGGAGAAGCUGAAUGUGUGGAUCGCCUUGCUCAAUCUGGAAAACGCUUACGGCACCGACGAGAGCCUGGACGCCGUCUUCAAGGAAGCCGCCCGUGCCAAUGACUCCAAGACUGUCCACCUCCGCCUCGCCCAGAUCUAUGCGCAGUCUGACAAGCCGACGAGGAACAGUAUCAACCGAAUUUUUUUGCGACAAGGCAGGCUGGAAGAAUCGCGCCAGCUACUGCCGAGAGCCCUGAAGGGUCUCGAGAAGCGCAAGCACCUCAAGACGAUCUCGCGGUUCGCGCAGCUAGAGUACAAAUUGGGAGACCCGGAACGCGGCAAAACCCUGUUCGAGGGCAUCAUCGAGUCGCACCCCAAACGGCUCGACAUAUGGUCGGUCUACAUGGACAUGGAGGCGGGCCAACAGCAGAUUCAGAGCCUGCGGAGCUUGUUUGACCGGGUUCUGACUGUGAAAAUGACCAGUCACAAAGCCAAAGCCUUCUUCAAAAAGUGGCUCGAGCUGGAGAAACGGAUCGGCGACGAGUCGGGUGUCGAACUGGUCAAAUCCAAGGCGGUGGAAUGGACGCAACGGGCAUCAUGA